CCUUUGUUUUUGUUUGGGAUGAUCCCCAUCAUAACAUAACCUAAAACCUAAUCCACACUGGAAUCGAGUCGAAUCGUGGAUGCUCGGGACGUUCCGCGUAUACGUACGUGCAGUAAAUUAGUCCCGUGGAGCAACGCAGAAUAACGUACACCCGUAGCCCGUAUUUCAAGCGAAACGUGAAAAUGAAUGAAAUGCGCAGGCAUCCUCACGCACGUAGGAUUUGCUGCACUUAAACUCUCUACUAGAACUUACGCCCCUUACUAGCCCUUGCAUUUUGACAACUAAUAACUUAAAACGUGCCUAUUCGUGGUAAUAAGUCAAAUCAUACAAUUUAAAAAUAUCGAUCAUCAGCACCCUUACUAGCAACUCACACUUUGACAAGUUAAAGUAGGGUGUGUCGAGAGACUCGAUAGUAUAAAAUGGCGGCGUCUAGCGUCUCGACGGAAAGUCCCGAAAAUUCAAACGGGGAAACUUUAGAAAACUACGAGAAUGUCGCUUUUGGGGCUCCGGAGGACCAGCCGGAAGUCGUGCAUGUGGACUUAUCAGUGAAAUGCCGGGGCUGCUUUGCCGAGGAGCCCGAAAUGCACUUUUUAUUCACCAAUUUCGAUCAGGACUUGAGUUUGGCCGAUAUUUUAAUGCAAACUACUUCAUUUGAGUGUUAUGAGGAUGAUGAAUUCCCUCCAUAUUUCUGUAUAAAGUGCACCGCAUCCCUCGUCUCUUUUUUCAACUUUAAGAUCCAGUACCAAAAGACUGAAAUUUAUAUAAGAAACCUGCUUGGAAAACCCUCAGCUUCCCCAAUGGAAUAUAUAACACUAACGGGGGGUGAUGACUUAAUGGAAGAGGAAACUCCUGUUUUUAAUGAUGAUCUUGCAAUGCACAACAGGGAUGGAAGGGACAAAAAGUUUUCAACAGAGGAGGUACAGCCCUCCAAAAAGUGCUCGGAAUGCAAAAACCUAUUUACCCUAGAAACCUUUAAGGCCCACUGGGAAACCCACAAAAUAAAUAAUUGCCCUGAAUGUGACUAUAAAACAGUUAAAAAACCGGAUCUUGAAUUGCACAUGCAAACCCGCCAUAGUGAGGAGAGAAAAUUUGUGUGUACACAGUGUGGUUUCCGGUUUAAAAGCAAACAACUGCUUAGAAGGCAUGAAAGAAGACAUUUGAAUCUGAGGAAUUACUGCUGCGAAACCUGCGGUAUGAGGUUUAAUGACUUGGGGCCCUUAAAGACCCAUAUCAAGUUAAAACACAUUGGGACAAGGGAGUUUAUUUGCUCAGUUUGUGGCUUAGAUUUCCCUUUAAAAGCUACUCUGGAUAAGCAUAUUUUGAGACAUAAUAAGAAUAGGCCAGCUCCUUAUAACUGUACCGAAUGUUCAAUGCGUUUCCAAGAUAAAUGCUCAAUGCUACGUCACAAACGGGUGAAACACAGCGGCCAAUUCGUCAGACCGAUGUGCCAUCACUGCGGCAAAACUUACUGCUCGAUCACGAAAUUGAAUUAUCACGUAGAACGACAUCACGGCGAUACGCCUCCGGCGUUUAAGCAAAGAGGUCGCAAGCCCCAAGGGUAUUUGGAGUUUACCAAAGAGUCUACGGAUGGUGAGGAGGAGUUCGUUAGUGACGAGUGGGCGGAGCACAGCGAGGAGGAACACGAAGAAAAUGUAGAGGAUGGAUAUAGUAUGAUAAAGCGGCGAGAAGGAGAGAUGAUACGUCAACUUCAGAAACAACGAGCCAUUGAUUCAGAAGACACUAUAACGGAUCCUCAGUCUGAACUGGAGGAAGCUGUGAGUUAGUUUUUUACUGAGCCUCGCGCUUUCAUAAAAUUGUUAAUAUUUUUAAUAAAAUUUUAUGGUUUUA